UCUUUUACAUCGCUGACACCCAUUCGAAAUCUCGGCACGGCGGUGACGAAACCCGAGACGAGUCCAAAAUUUCCCUUCUCGCGCCCUUCCCCGACAAAAGUGAAAGGAAGUUCCCGAAUCCCAUCAUGGCAGGGACUCGGUCCGAGUUCGAUCUCGGGGCAUCUGCGGCGCCCCCAUUCGGGAUCCGGGAGUACGCCUUCGCCGAUGCGGGAAACCUGGAGCAUUGCGCCAAGUACCUUAACCAGACGCUGGUGACCUUUGGAUUCCCCGCGUCCCUUGAUCUCUUUGCUACGGAUCCCGUCUCGAUUGCAAGGACCUGCAACUGUAUUCAUUCUCUGCUACAACAGAGGCAGCGGGACAUCGAGUUCAGGGAUGCCUCCAAUGAGCAGAGACAAAGACUGCAAUCUGAUAUUUCAAGAUUAGAGGCAAAAGUCGAGAGGCUUGAGGCACAAUUAGCUGCAAAAGAUCGAGAGCUAGCUACUUUAACACGAACGGAGGCUAAAAAAACAGCAAGUUUGAAGGCUCAGAUUGACAAGCUGCAGCAGGAACGAGAUGAAUACCAAAAAAUGGUCAUUGGAAAUCAGCAAGUGCGCACACAACAAAUACAUGAAAUGAAGAAGAAGGAAAAGGAAUACAUAAAGCUGCAGGAGAGACUGAACCAAGUGCUGAUGGAGAAAAAGAAGGAAUCUCGGUCAGGAAUGGAGAUUAUGAACCUUUUGCAGAAAGAAGGGCGUCAACGUGGGACAUGGAAUGGAAAGAAGGCUGACAACGAUUUCUAUAAGAUGAUAGUUGAUGCAUAUGAGGUGAAGAAGCAAGAGCUGAUGGCAGAGAAUUCUGAUCUGCGGGCUUUGUUACGUUCUAUGCAGAUGGAUAUGCGUGACUUUCUAAAUGCUCCAAGUGGUCUAUCACAACAAACCUCUACUGUGAAUGAAAGACAGGAUGCUGACUCUCCGCAAUCCCCUUUGGGUGGCAGAACGGAUGUCUUUGAUCUACCUUUUCACAUGGCCAGAGAUCAGAUAGAAGAGAGUUUGCGUACCAAGAUGGCUUCAAUAAAGUCAAGGAUGGUACAGUUGCAAGAUGCACAAAAAGGAGCGGAAUUGACCUGUGAAGCAACUGAAAGGGAACUUGAGCUUGAGGCUCAACUUGUUGAAGCUAGAAGCAUUAUUCAAGAGCAGGCUUCAAUAAUGUCAAAACAUUUAGCAAAAAAUGACAAGCCAAGGAGAUUGAGCAGCCAUUUUGAUGCUGAGAGGGAGGUGACCCAUUCAACAUCUGCUGAGGAAGUCUAAAAGCUCAGGAUAGCAUGAUGGUAUGCUGAUGGCGGUGAAGAACUUUUUCUAGUUUAAACCUAGCGGCAUAGUUUCGUAGUUAUUACUACAAAUGCUGUCACAUGAACACUGUAUAAUAUCCUUAGUUGACAAGUCACGUGGAUUCAGAGUACCCCUACCGAAUCCAUCGAUGUAGAUCAGCGUAGUGCUUCUUGGCAAGUCGAAAGUAGUCAUCUUCAAUUUGCAGCUAUAGUUACUCGGCUCAGUCAUUUAUUUUUAAAUGUUGGUACCUUCAGCAAUUUGGAAACUGCAGAAGAUUAUUGUGAACCAUAAUGCAACACUACAAGAUCCACAAAUUCCAUUAUAUUACACCAUCAUGCCUUCUUCUUCAUAAUCUCCGUUUUUCAAGUUGUAUUAAUCUAGAUGACCCUCAAAUCUGUUUGGUUUUGGUUGCAGUUGUGAGUGCUACACCUGCAGCGUGAGAAACGUCAGCAAAUUUUGUUUCAUCGAAAGGUGCUCUCAAUCCCUCUCCUGUAUUUUAUUGUUGUUGGCUUUUAAAUUGUGUUUGUGUUCUUUUCCUUCGCCGGACAGAAGGAAUGCCACAGUGGAUAUUGAAAUUAAUAUGAACUACAGCAGUUCUUCAGCUUUUCCAUCAUCAGCGCGUCUUAGUACGCAAGUAAAGAAAUAGAGUUGAAAGAACAGUUUGAACUUUCUAAGUUUACUGAGAGCAGCAGCCCUUGCAACCUCUGAGAGAAGUGCUCCAGAUGAGGUCCCUCCCCUCGCUCCUCCCCUGCACCGACUUCAUCCCCGCAACAUGCAGUCCUUGUACAUCCAAUCUGCUGCUGCCCCCCUCCCCAGCCGCCGACGCCUCGAUUAGCCCGAUCAUGGCCUCGCCGACCGCCUCGUAGUUCUCCCUCGGAUCCCUCACCUGCACCAGCAUCACCAGAACCAUGCGCUCCUUGCUCCCCGCCUCCGCCCUCUUCUCUGCAACCUCGGCGGCGGCCCUUACUCCCCCCAUCUGGAUGCGAAGCCCUUCCAACGCCAGCCCUUCCAUCUUCUCCACCGAACCCAGCAGCACAGCCUCCACGAAAUGCUCCUCCGCCCCCGUCACCACCCUCUUCCCUUUGAUCUCUCCCGUUUGGCGUCCGCUCAGGUUGCUCAUCGGCAUCGACUCAUGCAGGCACUCCCACAGCUCCCCUCGUCUCAAGGACGCCAUCCCACGUAUCACCUGAUCACCUCCGCUGCGGCUGUAGCGUUCUCGGCGAUCAAUGGCGCCGAAACUUGCAUGACCAACCUCCCCCACGGCCUGCCCGGUUUCCUGAUCUCAUGGAGAUAGCUGCCAUCCGAUAACCUCGUCAUCUCCGUGUGACCGUUCUCCGCCGUCAUCACGGUAGUGUUCUUCGGGCACUCCGUCUGCCUCUUCUCCGUGCUCACCCACGCGUCGAGCUUCCGGAGCUCCUGCUCUAGCUGCCUCGCUCUUCUCCAGUACGCUUCAGCCGCCGCUUCCCCAUCCCUGAAGAGGGAUGGCAUUGCCGGUGCCGCAGAGGGUUCGCACGUGGGCUGCGGCGGAGGGGCCGUAGGAAGCGACGGUGGCUGGCGGUGGGAGGGAGGUCGGCACAAGGAGAGGUACGACUUGAACCUCAAGCAACCUGCGGAGACGACCGCUGGAGACGGGUUCUGCCUCCUGUAGCUUCCGUUGCUGUUCGCCAUGGCAUGCAGCCUCUCUGGCCUCGCUCGCUCGGCUUCUGCUUGGGUAGAGCGACGUUGGAUGUUUUGGUCUAUUAUUUGGGAUACACAGCGGGAUGCUUGUUUCUGUUGUCGACCUUCCAGU